CAACAUGGGCCCUUGGAGCAACAUGAGUCUAUGGGCUAACAUUGGUAAUGAUAUGACUGCUGAAAACCUUGCAGAAAUUGCUGGUCAGAUGACUGGUCUCCUAAACUCUGUGCUACCCCUCAUCCUUGGGCAGCAGGGUAUCAUGCCUUUCCCUCUGCCUUCUCCUGAGAUGCUCCCUGACAUACUCCCUGUGCUGAUACAGAUCCUCACUCAGCAGGCUAACCAAAGCAGCUGGGAUAAGUUGGAGGGGAUGAUUGGGGCCCUCCUGUCGACCCUCAGGGACACCCCGGUGUGGGACUCUGUUCCCCCUGCUGUUUCUGUCAUGAGCCAAGUCAUGGGAGCCUUGGUCAACAAUAUGCAGGCUGAGACAGCAUUCAUCUUGAGUUUCCAGAAGCCACUGGCUGUCCUGAUGUCAGAGUUGGUACAAGCUGUGAAUGGCAGUGAUUUCAAUAUGGCUGGCGUGUCUGAGGGAAUGAUCCCUGCCAUCGAGCUCACUGUGGAAGCUGCCAUACAGGCUGCUAAUAGGAGUAAGACCUUGGAGUGCAGGCAGGUCCUGAAAGCCUGGGAGCCAGUUAGAGAGGCGGCUGGGCUGAGUGAGGCCAGCCUGGGUUUGUGGUGUAACAUCAGCCUGCUACCAGUCAUGGAGGCCGAUGCUGCGUCCAACUAUGUCUAUGCCAAUCCAAACAUGACCGGCAUGGGGAUGGGGCAUGGGCCAGUGUCAGUGGACACUACAGCAGCUAUGAUGGUGGCAGCUCUGAGUUCGUUCUACUGGGUCCAGGUUAACCGCACCAUAGUUACUGAGCAGCUUGGUGCAAUGCUGUUCAACACAUUGUACCAGCUACAGGGACUUAAUAUGACCACCGAGGACCAGGCUCACUGGAACGCACAGUUUCUCCAACUACAACUGAGCCAGAGUACUCAGGAUCUUAGGAUGGCCUUGGAGCAGCUGGAUGCCCUGGCCAUGGACAACCCCUGGAUGAGACCCUACCUUCUGGCUGUAGAGAUGACCCUAAACUACACUCUGGAGAAUAGACAUCUACUCCAGAACUCCACCUCCGCCCAGCAUGUGUUCAUGGAAGCCAUGGAGAUCCUCCUGACAGGCAUGAACUUCACCGAGGACCUGGACCUGUGGAUGCGUCCCUACCUCCAAGCCAUGGAGAUGACUAUCAACUACACCAUGGUCUACAGCCAGCUCCUCCAGAAUGCCACAUCUGCCCAGCACCUCCUGAUGGAAGCGCUGGAGAUGCUCCUCACCGGGUCUAAUCUCACCCAGGACUCCAUCCAGGCCACACUCACAGAGAACAUCUUCUCCAGGCCAGACGGAGGGUGGAUCAACAAGCUGCUGAAAGAUAUGAUCAGGGAGCUGGUCCGUGUACAGUUUCUGGGAGACUGGCCUAUUGUCUACGGCGUCAUGGAACAGUUCCUAUCUGCCAACGCCACAAACCUCAUCCUGGAGAAGGCUAUUGAGUUCAGCGGCUGGUGGGGCUCCUCUACCGCCACCGGGUUGGAUCUGGUAACCCAGGCUCUGCCCAGGAUGUACGAGGUGGUGAAAGCCUUCUUAUCCACUUUGAGACAGAUGAGUGUCCCCGUCCCUCCCAUCUCUGAGAUGUUUGUGGAGCUAGCAGAGCACGUCAUCACCAUGCUCAGACAGGUAUCUCAGACCAGUGAUCUCUUCGCCCCGCUGGACUACUACCUGAGCCAAUUACAAGACGAGAUGACCGGGCGGAGCAGGAGUCCCUUCCCCCACCACAAUGAGGGUGUGUCCAGGAGGGUCCGCCGCGAAUUGAUGAGGGAGGAGCCAAUGAAAGAGCCAAUGGAUGACUUCCUUGAUUUGUUCUACUUGGACUACCCUGUCUUGUUCCAGGCCCUGGCAAUGCCACCCACCAUGCCAGACAUCAUGGAGACUGCCCAUAUUUUCUUCGGCAACCCUGACUUGUCUGUAGUGCUCAAAGGGGUCUCUAGGGACAUGGGCAUGGUACCACCAUCACUACCACCCAUGGGGAACGUCUCCAGGUCCAUGUCCAGGGCCGGAGCCGUGACAUGGGGCCCCUCAGUCCCCCCUCCUCUGGACGACCCCAUCGACGUGGCCCUGGGCAUCCUCUCCUACCUCACCCUCCCCAAACAGUGGCAGGCAUACAGCCAGCUAUUCGUGGAGAUAGCACAUGAAGACUGGAUCAUGGAGGACUUGGCCAAGAUACAGAAGUUGUCAGCAGGCCUGGGCAAGAUGGCGGACCUGGCCAUGGUGCUGUCCAAGCAUCCCCCACUACAGGUCGCCCAGAGGGUGGAGCAUAUGGUUAGGCAGCUGAGUGCUGAGGUGGCAAGGAUCAUCUACAGUGGCCCCAACAAUGGAUCCAACAUGGCCGUUCAGUUUCUCACCGCCUUCAACGACAUCCUGGCGGAUAACCUUGAAGAGGUCUCUGAUAUUACAUCUCAGAUCAAUGCUAUUAUUCAGAACAUCCUCAGCUCUCUGUCCAGACCAGAAGCUUACAUGAGUCUGGCUCCGUACAUGAUGGCUCUAGACCAGACCAUUGCUGUGUUCACCUCUUACCUACCCACGGACAGCCUGAUGUACCUCAACACCUCUGGCCAGAUGGUGAAAGGCUUUGCACGGCUGGUUUCACACCCACGGGACAUGAAGAAGAUGAUGAAGGCUACAAGCAUGCUCUCUGCCUCACUGGAUCAUCUCCUGGCCUCUGAUAGGGAGACAACCCUUCCGGACAGGAAGCCGAUCCAGUCCAUCACUCACCCUCUCUUCCUGAACAGUGCCUUAGCCACUCAUACCCUGUUCAACCUCUCCGCUGAAAGUCACAACUUCAGCAGCCCUCACGAGAAAGAGGCAAUGAUCAAUCAGACUUUCCUUGCCCUGGUGGCCUUUCUGCCUGAGGACCAGAGAAUAUACGUUCUCCCUCUGGAGCCGGUCCUUCUCGCUGCCCUCUCUGGGGUCUCCAACACGGCCCAGAUCCCUCCGUCCUUCCUGGGGAUCUCCAAGCAGGUCACCAUGUCUAUCCUUACCAUGCUCAACCUAACCAACACCCCAACAGGGUACCAGGGGGACAGUGCUGUUGCCACGGUCCAGGUCCUGUUUAGAGUGUCACAACAGGUGUCUACCAGCCUGUGGCAAGGUUUAUCAAUGCCCCAAUCAGCCGUCCACGUACCCUCCAUGUUGGCAUCCCUCAACCGGGCUGCCAUGGCUGUGGCACCCCUGAUGCCCGAUGGCAGUGAACACUACUUCAACGUCUCCCUCCAUAUCUUGCACAUCACCACCAUGGCUAUCAACUACACCGCCACCACUGGGGACAUAGCCGGCGCUAUGGCUGUCAUCUCUAGCUCGGUUCAGAGUCUCCUGGUCUCUCUGUCUUCAUACCCCAGCCUGCAGACAACAGGCAGUAUCAUAGGCGACCUGGAACAUGCCAUCCAGAAGAUGUUGCAGGUGUUACGGUCAGGCCGAGGUCCCCUGGCCCAGACUGCUGAUAUCACCCAGCUGCUUCUCCAUAACGUUCAGGGUCUCCUGGGCCUGGCAAACACUAGCAUGGAGGCCAGCGUGGCUCGUCUGGUACUGGCUGCAGCCAAAAUGAACACUGGACAUCUGCUAAUGAUGAACGAGACCAACUGGACACACAAGUUGACGAUGGUUCUGACAGACAUAUCUAACAGGGUUCCCGAGGACCUUCCCUAUGCUCCCCUUAUUAAGAAUAUCACAAUGGGCCUGGCCACUGAAUCACAAGUGAACCUACACCUCCUACUCCAGACCAUCCAGUUAGGGUCUGAACUCUUCAGCAGCAGCUGGUCAGAUGGAAACUUCAGCAACAGACUGGUCUCCCUGACCUCUACGGUGUGUGCGCUGGAGGAUAUGGACUCCAUCCAACAGGUGAUGCAGGCUCUGUCUCUUGGCCCAGGGUUCCUGUGUGAGACUGCCAUGCCCAUUCUCCAGGCCUUCCACAUAAUGACCCGGAGUCUGGUCCAGGACAGCUCUGACCUGUUUGAAGCUCUGUUCGAAACCUUCAUAGGAGACCCCAACACCUACAAUGUCAACAUAAACUGGACCUCUGCACUCACCCAGACGCUUGGCCUGAACAUCAGCAGCCUGAAAACCCUCAACAUCAACAUGACCUCUCCAGGUGUGGUGAAAAUGUCGGAGCUCUUGAGGAACAAGACAGCAUUUGCUCUGGAGGUCCAGCGUUACACUGACAUCCCACCUGAGAUCCUCCACCUGCUGAUGGAGACCACCAUGCCUAACAGCAACUUCCAGAUCCUAGCGUGGCUGGCUAACAUGCACCACUGCAGGGACCCAACCAGCCUGCAGAUGAAUAGCACAGAGCAGCUCAUCUUCCAGGUCUUCUGCAACCUGCCUAUAAACCAGUGGUACAACUUUGUAGUCAUCGUGGCUCGCUACGUCCACAUGGAGAACGUGAUAUACAGGCUGAUUCUGUCCAGUGAGAUGCAGAGCAUAGUGGGGUUCAUGCUGCAGAUGGUCAAGUUCCUGACGGACAUGAUGGGCAAGCUGCUUCCUGCCAUCGCCCACCUGCAGGACUACAUGUUCUCCAUACGAGACCUCAACCUGGUCUCUGACCCAGAGUUCCGCAGUAUGGUGCAUGGUAAAACCAGAACAAUGUCCAGCAGAGCUACAUUCACCACUGUGUCCAGAGCCAUGUGUAACCAUGGCAUCAUGUCCCUGUUUGGCAUCUCCAAGCUGCCCAUCAUGACUGAGACAGACCCCUCCACACAGCAGGAGCACAGGAUGGAGGAGCUGGUCAACAAGUUCAAGAUCCCUCGCAAUGCCACUCCUUUCUGUAUGAACUUCUACCUAGACAUGGUGAACACCACUGGAGGAGCCAUAGCCUGGGCCUUCCUCAAGCCUAUGCUGCUGGGACAGGUCCUGUACAGCCCAGACACACCACUCACUAGGACCAUCAUAGAAAAGUCCAAUGCCACAUUGCAGCAGUUUGCAAACCUGAAGAUGUACUCCCAGGAUUGGCUCCAGUCCUCUUCCUACAUUAUGGACUCAGUCAAGAUACUGAAUCAAACCCUGCCAAUGCUCCAGAAUUCCCUUGGCAAUUCUUUUGUUCAGAAUUUCAUUGAGAUGCAGACAGACAUUGAUGUGAGCAAGAUGAAGGAUACUCUCAAGAACUUCUCUAACACAACGACCCUCCUGGAGAAAAACAAGGACAUUGUGACCCAGAUCACCACUCUGUCCAACCUGAUGAUGAACCUGUCCUCCUGUAUUAAUUUUGACCGUUUCCACGGCAUCAACUCUACUGACAACCUCAACACCAUGGCCGAACACCUCACCCAGACCAGAGACCUCUACGCCAGUAUCAUCUUCAAGCUGCCCAAGGAUGAUGACGACUCACAUAGGAAGCGGCGAGACGCCUCACGCUCCUCCUCCUCCACGCUGCCUCCCAAAGUGGACUACACCAUCCGCAUGUCCAUCGAGAACUCCAUGCGGACCGACCGCUCCCGCAACCCUUUCUGGGUGAAGGACCCCUACAUCUCCUCAUUGAAGACCCAGCGCUACAACCGAGGCUUUGUAUACCUGCAGGAGAGCAUCGACAGGGCCAUCAUAGAGACCCAGACAGGACAGCAGGUCACUGAGCCAGCCGUCCAGCUACAGGCCUUCCCUUACCCCUGCUUCCUCAAGGACGAGUACCUGAACAGCAUCGCAUUUGCAUUCCCUCUGGUCUUGAUGAUUGCCUGGGUUCUGUUCAUCGCCAACUUUGUGAAGAAGCUGGUUCAUGAGAGAGAGCUCAGACUUCAUGAGUACAUGAAGAUGAUGGGGGUCAAUCCCAUCAGUCACUUCUUCGCCUGGUUCAUAGAGAGUGCAUGCUUCCUUAUCAUUACCAUAAUCAUCCUCACCAUCAUCCUGAAGGCUGGGCGCGUCCUGCCCCACAGUGACGGCUUCCUGCUCUUCCUCUACCUCAGUGACUACGGACUCAGCAUCCUGGCCAUCAGUUACCUGGUGAGCUCAUUCUUUGACAAGACCAACAUCGCUGGGUUGAGCGGCGCCCUCAUCUACGUCAUCAGCUUCUUCCCAUUCAUCGUAGUGAUGUCACUAGAGAGCUCGCUAUCGUUCUCCACCAAGAGCGCCCUGAGUUUGUUUGCCCCCACCUGUUUCAGCUACGCCAGUCAAUACAUCUCUCGCUAUGAGAGCCAGGGAGAAGGGAUCCAGUGGAGCAACCAAUAUAUCUCACCCAUGGCCGGUGACACGUCAUCCUUCGGCUGGCUAUGUUGGCUUCUCCUCAUCGACUCAGUUUGCUACUUCAUCAUUGGAGCCUACAUUCGCAUAGUCUUCCCGGGAAAGUAUGGCAUUGCUAAACCCUGGUACUUCCCUGUGAUGCCCUCAUUCUGGACUGGUCUCUUCUGCUGCUGCAGCAAGGGCCCUAAGAAUGUCAACAGGGGACUGCUCUUCUCCAACAUCAUGAAGAAUAGCAUCUCUGUCUUUCCCAAUGAGAAGGACAGCAAAGUUGAGGGUGGCUUCCCCUCUCAUAUGAAAGAGGAGAUCACAGGUCUUCCUGUGGGCGUGGCUCUCCAUGGACUGACUAAGACCUAUGGGAACAGAGCAGCCAUAGAGAACCUCAAUGUCAAAUUCUAUGAGGGACAAGUCACUGCACUGCUGGGACACAACGGAGCUGGCAAGACCACUACCAUGUCUCUGCUCACCGGUUUGUUCGCCCCCUCCUCUGGUACCAUUGAGGUGUAUGGGAAGGACAUGGAGACUAACAUUGAUGACGUUCGCCAGGAGCUGGGUGUGUGCAUGCAGUAUGAUGUCCACUUUGACCACCUGACCACCAAGGAGCAUCUGCUACUGUACGGACAGAUCAAGGCACCACACUGGUCACAGAAUGACCUGAAGGCGCAAGUCCGCAAAAUCCUGGAGGAGACUGGCAUGUAUGCCCACCGACACAAGAGAGUGGGGACACUGUCUGGAGGAAUGAAGAGGAAACUGUCCAUCUCCAUCGCCUUUAUCGGGGGCUCUCGUCUCGUGGUCCUGGAUGAGCCCACCACCGGGGUCGACCCCUGCUCCCGACGUGCCAUCUGGGACAUCGUCAUCAAGCACAAGAAGGACCGUACCAUCAUCCUGUCUACCCACCACCUGGACGAAGCAGAGGUGUUGAGCGACCGUAUAGCCUUCCUGGAGAGAGGAGGCCUCAAGUGCUGCGGCUCCCCCUUCUACCUCAAAGAUAAGCUGGCCCAGGGAUACAACCUCACACUCACCAAGAAGGUCCAGGCCCCAGACUCCCAGGCCAGGUUUGACGGUGUCGAGGUCAAGACGUUCAUCCAGUCCUACAUGCCAGAUGCUCGUCUGAAGGAGGCUGAGAUGGGAGACCUGGUCUACUCCCUUCCCCCGUUCAGCUCCUCCAAUGCUGAGGCCUACCGCUCCCUGCUCUCCAGCCUGGACUCUAACCUGGACCUUCUACAGCUGGGCUGCUACGGCAUCUCUGACACUACCUUGGAGGAGGUGUUCCUCCAGCUGACCCAAGAUGAUACAGAGCCUGCAGAAGAUAAGCCAUAUUCUGUGUCUGAAUCCAUGCCAGACCUGUCUGCCUCCAGAGACAGCUUACCAGAGGACCUCCAGAACAACUCCAUCUUCGGAGACAAAGCCAGUCUGACGGGCUCGUCUACGGUGCACGGCCUGGCCCUGACCUGGCAGCAGGUGACUGCUAUGUUGAUGAAGAGGGUUCACCACUCCAGACGGGACUGGAAGGGUCUCUUCUCCCAGGUGGUUCUACCUGUCGUGUUCAUCAUCCUGGCCAUGGGUCUGGGCUCCAUCAAGAGUGACCUGCAACACUUCCCAGAGAUGGAACUGUCACCUGCCCUCUACCAGCUCGGACCACAGUACUCCUUCUUCAGCAACCAGAAUCCAAACUCCAGCAACCUGGUCAACUCUAUGAUGUCAUUCCCUGGGAUGGAUAAUGGGUGUCUGAACAGCCCUGAUAAACCGGUCUGCACCAGAAGCACCAAGUCUGCCAGCUGGGAAACUAAAGGAAACAGUUCAGUGCCGUUUGAGUCCUGCAAAUGCAACAAAUAUCAACAGGUGUGUCAGUAUAACCAAUACCAGCCUCCCCAUAAGAUGAACCCCUCCUCCCAGAUCGUCUAUAACCUGACUGGCAUCAACGUUGAAAACUAUCUCCUGGCUACAGCCAACAACUACAUCAGGAACAGGUAUGGCGGCUUUGAUUUCGGGGGGGCACUCCCAACUAGUCUCCUGAUGGACCUCUUGGAGGUGCCCGCAAACCGAACCCUCUCCAAGGUCUGGUACAACCCUGAGGGUCACCAUACCAUGCCUGCAUACCUAAACAGCCUCAACAACUUCAUCCUACGUACCAGCCUUCCAGCCGGCAAGGACCCACAGAAUUAUGCCAUCUCUGUGUCCAGUCAUCCCUAUCCUGGUGAAGUACAAGAAGAAGAUGCCAUAGUGCAAGGUCUGGUCCAUAUCCUGGUGGCUAUGUGUGCCCUGACUGGCUACUCCAUUAUGACGGCUAGCUUCGCGAUCUACGAGGUCCAGGAGCACCACAGCGGCUCCAAGACACUGCAGCACAUCUCUGGGAUUGGAGAACCCUUCUACUGGGCUAUCAACUUCUUCUAUGACAUGGCCUUAUACAUGGUCCCAGUCGCUCUCUCAAUUGCCACGAUAGCAGCCUUUCAGCUCCCAGCCUUUACUGACAGGCAGAACCUCGCUGCUGUGAGUCUGCUGCUGGUCAUGUUUGGGUUUGCCACAUUCCCGUGGAUGUACCUGCUGUCAGGGGUCUUUAAGGAUGCAGAGAUGGCCUUCAUCAGCUACGUGUGCAUCAACCUCUUCAUCAGCACCAACACCAUCAUCUCCACCUCCAUCGUCUUCUUCCUGGGACAACUCAAUGAGAACGAUGAAAGGAUACACGAGGUGUACAGCAUCCUGUCCUAUGUGUUCCUGAUCUUCCCCCAGUUUAGUUUUGGGAACGGCCUGAUGGAGCUGGCCAGGGUUGAGAUGCAGGUCCAGAUCCUCAGUGUGUAUGGAGUGGACGCCUAUAAGAACCCCUUCGCCAUGGACAUGCUGGGCUGGAUGUUCGUCUCCCUCUUCCUCCAAGGCUUCAUUGGCUUCACCCUGCGUCUGCUGCUCAACAAGUGGCUCAUACGUAAAGUCAGGAACCUGAUCUUCCCCAAGAAGGCAGUGCCUCAGACAGGUAGCCAGGACGAGGAUGAGGAUGUUGUGGCAGAGUGCCAACGUGUGACCAGCGGAGCGGCUGUUACUGACCUGCUGCAGGUCAACCAGCUGACCAAGGUCUACCAUCACCUGGCCAAGAAGGUCCAGGCCGUCAAGAGGCUGUCUGUGGGCAUUCCUGCUGGGGAGUGCUUUGGUCUACUGGGGGUGAACGGUGCAGGGAAGACCACCACUUUUAAGAUGCUGACUGGAGACAUCAGCCCUACUGAAGGGACAGCACAGAUCAAGGACUGGGAUGGGAGGAUGGUUGACAUCAUUGACUGCCGUAACGAGGGCAUCAACAUUGGCUACUGUCCCCAAGUGGACGCUUUGGAUGACCUGCUGACAGGGGAGGAGCACAUGUACUUCUAUGCCCGCAUCCGAGGCAUCUCCAAGAGAGAGAUAGACCGGGUGGUCAAUUACCUACUGAAGAAGCUGGAGCUGGGGUACCAUAGACACACCAUCAGUGACAGUUACAGCUGUGGAACCCGUAGGAAGCUCUCCACUGCCCUGGCACUCAUAGGACACCCGAAUAUACUGCUGCUGGACGAGCCUACCUCAGGUAUGGACCCUCGCUCCAAACGUCACCUGUGGAAGAUCAUCUCAGAGGAAAUCAAGGGGAAGUGUGCUGUAGUUCUCACCUCUCACAGUAUGGAGGAGUGCGAGGCUCUUUGCACCCGUCUGGCCAUCAUGGUGAAGGGUCAGUUCAGGUGUCUGGGCUCCCUGCAGCACAUCAAGAACAGGUUUGGCAGCGGCUUCACGGUGAAGAUGUACCUGGCUGUGUCUUCCUGUGACGUAGAGGUCAUCACCAAUUUCAUGCAGUGCCACUUCCCCAGCACGUACCUCAAGGACCAGCACUCUUCCAUGGUGGAGUAUCAUGUGCCUGUGGCACCUGGAGGUGUGGCGGACAUCUUUGACCAGCUGGAGUCUAACAAGGCCGCUCUGCAGAUCAAGCACUUCUCUGUCAGCCAGACUACCCUGGAUGAGGUCUUCAUCAACUUUGCAAUGGGGAAGGUUGGCAUCGAGACGAUCCCAAUCCACAGCGACGAAUAUUCCGAAGCAGACAGCAUCAGCCUCGACUCCAUCGCGGCUUCAGAUACAUAGCUUUGGCGGCAAUCUUGUUCACAAUGCAUCUGUUUGAAGACACAAACUGUGAAGGAAGAAGAGCAAUAUUCGCACUAGAUAGAAAUUAAUAAACUGAUCUAAGUUUUAAUAAUAAUGGAAAAUGUUAAAUAUGAAUCAACCUGCAAUCACUUUACUUAAUGUUAAUUUUGUAAUUUUGCUUUGGUAGUCUUCUCAGUUUCACUUUUAUACCUUGUGAAGGAGAACUUAUGAAGUCACUUUGUUGCCACUUUGGACUGUUAAAUUGAACAGGGUGUGUCUCUUUUUGUUUCAUCAGGUAAUGAGAUUUAUAGAGAUGUGAACAUGCUUCUAUCAUGUUUCUUCACUAAUGUGUCAAAAUCCUAUAAAUGUAAUGGCCUUCCUUCCUCACUUGUAGGUUAUAACCAAUGAACAAAAGUGCAAUUAUCUGUUUACAUGUCAUGAACAAAAUAUAUAUUAAUGGAAAUCGUGCCUAAGAUCAAAUACGUUGUAUUGUCAUGUUAUUAUCAUUGCAAAUCUGAGUACUGUGGUGGAGUCACUGCUCUUUAACAAUAGUUGUAACCUUAGAGAGAUAAGCAUUCUCCACUUUUAUCACUCUGUAUUCCAUUGGUGAAACUCAUCUUUUGUUGAUUCAAUUCUAUUGAUUUGGCCCAUUGGUUAGAAUUAUAUAUAUAUUUUAUGUAGCCUACUACCUAGUAUAUCUGCAGAGAUUCUCAUACUUAUGGGGACAAUAUUAUAAUCACAGCUAUUGAGGUAAAAGUCAAUACCAAACUUUUUGGCAUCCUUAACACUUCCUCUAAUGGCAUAUCUCAAUAUUUUAUUGUUCACUUUCCUCCUAAUGCACAGAUCCACAUGAAUAUGAAUGUACUGAACUUAUUUUUUUUUACAUUUAAUAAAGCUAUUAUAUGAUAGCACACACAGUGUUGCUUGUUAUAACAGUGCGUCAUGAAACAUUACUUUAUCCAUUAGGCCCUAUCUAUUGAAUUUCACCAUGUGCAGGAAAAUGACCUUCCUCCUAAAGAUUGUUGUUAGCUACCUUCAUCUUCAUCAUAAUUCAUUGUCUAUUCAUUCUAUGAAUAACAAAUUACUGAAUAGAAAUACAGUUUAGCUGGCCGCCUGGCAGAUGUUUCCCCAUAUAGACGGGUUAGCUGACAAUGUCACAAAAACAAUGUGCACGCUUCAAUGUGGCGGAAGUCUGUGUGUUGUGAUUCUAGAUAGACAGAUAGCUAGCAACAAUGACAAGAAGCUAGCAUUUGGGGAAUUCUAGGUUGCUCGUUUCAGCUCUCAUCUUGUUAUUGAUAUAUCUUGAGGUGUUUUGACUGAUGUCACGUAUAUGCUAAUAUGGCUCAUUCGUUAGCUAACCAACAACUGUAACAAUGUAUUUGAGAGACAAGUGCUCAUUGUGCAAAUGUAUUUAUGUUUUCAAUAAACAUUGGAGAGGAAAUAUG